AAUUACCCCAGCUAUCGCAGCGGGACGGCAGCCAAAGGCCGUGGACUGUCAGCAGCCAACCAGCAAAUCGUUAACCAGCGAAGCACAGCGCAGGUGGCUGGCGACAACAGCGAAUCCGAUCCCUACCACCUGCCCUCGGCCAACACUCCUGAGGAUCCACAUCCCCGCAGUGUAUAUUCCAGCAGUAGUGAGCCACAGCAAACAGAAUCUUCGAUGAGUUCCGUCAACUCCAGCUCCUACAUGUCUCCAAUCAAACUGAAGUCCCCGAACGAUUUAGACUACUCCUCCUCACGCAACAAACCAUUUUCGGGAUAUGCACCCCCAACUUCAUCAAACCACCAACCUCCUCCGCCGACCUACGACCAGCACCCCUAUUACGGCGCACCAUCAGCUUUAGCCUCAAUGGACCAUAUGGCCUCUUCCCUUCUCCGUCAACAUCAGCAACCGCAGCACAGCCUCUUGGCGCAGCUCCAAUCAGCUUCGUACAAAUCAUAUGUCGAUUCGUCCAGUCACUAUUACUCCUACCCAAGGGCCUAUGUUGGUGGCCGACCAAGUUUCUUUGAGUUGAAGGGCAUGCUAAGACAUCGAAGAGCUCAGUAUCCGGCGACAUCCAUUGACGCCUUCACAUGUGGAUAUUGCCAAAUGCAUGUGGAGGGUGGAGGAGGCGGUGGACCAGACACGGGAGCCGAGGGAGAAGGGGAGUUAAUAAUAUGCUGCUGCGAGUGUGACCGUGGUUACCAUGGCUAUUGUCUUGCUGGGUCUUCCCCGGGAUACCAAGCUGCAAGUUUUCCAGACGACUGGGUCUGCGAAAUUUGUCGCCAACAGGACGCCUGUCUUCCUCCCCAACCUCCUCUCCAGUCAUCGACGCUACACUGA